AUCUUAUAUACCCCCUCAAGGCAAAAUGGGCAAACUGGGUUUGCUGUUUUUGUUUUGCCUUGCACGUGUGCUAUUAUGUGUGGUUUGAUUUACUUUAUAGGAUAUAUAUGUACUUUUAGUCUUAAUCACAUUCGUUUCUGGUUGGCGGUAACCUUUUUGGCUUUCACGAUUUCGUUACUUACCUAUCUACCUCUACAAUGA